CACACACACAGGAGGUAAAGCACUUCCACCUUUGAGGAACGGAGAGGGCUGAGGUCGCUCCGAAGGCCCCUCCCUGGGAGGUUGGGAAAACAUUCCAGGAAAGUAAAGCCGCCCCGAGAAUUAGCAACUCUAAAAGCUCCCAAAAAACUGGACUCUACUCCGCUGACUGUGCACUACUUCAAAGUAUAUCCCCUCUUUUAGUCCAGCUGGAGAGCCGAGAGGACGCUAGCACAACGGUAACAAGGAUUCAAGUACAGGAAGGGAACCGUUGGAAAAUAGUGGACAGAGUCCAAGGGGAUACGUCCACUUAAUACGGCGGCGAUGAAGCCGGUCAUUGUUCUGCUUGUGUCUAUGGCUUGGGCUUCCACCGGAGCCCAGUACUACCAAGGGCUGAUAGACUAUCUGGAGAACAGGCUGCUGGCCAUAGAGGACCGAAUGGUGCUGUGGCACGAGCAGUCCCACCGCUACCACACGGAGAUGCUGAACUUCAAGAAACUGACGGCCGAGAUGGUGGACGCCGUUGGGAAGGAGCACCGCUACCUAUGGCAGGACCUGGGCGCCGCCGGCGACCGCGUAGAGCGCGCCGAGCGGGAGCUGGACUACCUAGAGAGGGCGACAUCCCCGCGCGCCUGCGUGGACCCGGCAGAUAAGGUGCACGAACAGGGGGUUUGGCGCGCGGGAACGAGCAAGAGGACCCGGGAGCAGGUGGAGGAGGAGGAAGGGGAGUGGGAGGAGGUGCGCUCCGAAGUCUCUGACUGCGUUGACAUCAUCUCCAGCAUCCGCUCGGUCAAGAUCCUGAAGCGGGUGGGCGGGGCCAAGGGCGUGUGGCUGAGGGACCCCCGGACCUCCAAGGUCUACGUGUUCAACGGCACCGCGGGGGACACCGUGCACCGCUUCGACUCCCUGGCGGACCUCUCCAGAUCCCCCGGGGUCGAACGUAACAGUAGCAGCGGCGGCGGCGGCGACGUCAGACUGCCGUCGGCGUGGAGCGGGGCCGGCACCGCCGUCUACGACGACUACCUCUACCACGUCCACCGGCAGGGCUCGGACCGCCGGGAGCUCCAGGUGGUCAAGUACGACCUGCUGAAGGGCGUGGCCGCCGCCACCGCCCUGUUCCCCGUGGCGGACUCCGCCCCCGUCUACGCCCUCAACCCGGAGACGGCGGCUGAUCUGGCGGCGGACGAGCACGCCGUCUGGCUGCUGUUCGCCGCCGGCGAGGACGAGCCAAACGUGCACCUGGCCAAGAUGGACCCGGACACGCUGGACACGGAGCAGAUGUGGGACACGGGCUGCCCCCGGGCGAACGCCGAGGCCGCCUUCGUGGCGUGCGGGACGGUGUACGUGGUGUACAACACGCGGCCCGCCAGCCGGUCCCGCGUGCAGUGCGUGUUCGACGUGAACGGCGUGGUGGUCGGCGAGGAGGCGCCGCUGCUCUACUUCCCCCGGAGGUUCGGGGCGCACGCCAGCCUGAAGUACAACGCUGACGAGAGGCAGCUGUACGCCUGGGACGACGGGUACCAGAUCCUGUACCGGCUCAACCUCAAGAGGAAGCUCCUGGGAGGAGCAGGGCGGGGCUAGUGCGUCGGACUGGUGCCACGCUUGUUGUUUUUGUAAAUCACGCGAUCUAAAUUGGAAAAUAGCUCAUGAUUAUGAUUUGUAGCGGAUGAGUCCCAUUUCAGAUCGAUCGUUCUAGCUGCAAAUUCACACUGAUGCGCCUUUUCUGUAGCGUGAUAGGAUUGUGACACAGGUUUCUUAAUAAAUAAAUACAUUGUUUACUAUGAGUGCUGCUAUACACUGGUCAACUGGAAAUUGACUGCAAUAUGUGUCUUAAUCCACGUCCCCGUUACCAUGGAAACGGCAACGGACACUGACACCAACAGCCACGUCGAUUCUUAACGCCAUUUGCUAGCACUGAUUGCUUUGUCUUCCGCUCCGUCUCGCCUUGUUGAUCAUUAGCCAUUGAUUAUUCUCUCAGCAUAUCAUCACACAAGUGAGGGAGUUUGUAUUUAGGUUUAGACACUUUAUUAGCAUCUUCGUAAAAGAUAAAGAGAUACAGUCCUAUGGAGAUGAUUUAUUUUUUUCAAACAUCAGAUUGUUAAGACUAAUACAUGAAUAUAUUCAAGAUUUAUUUAAUUUGUUGUUAUCACAUAUUAUCAUGAGUCAUCAUAACGAUCUGGGAUGUCUAAGGAAAACUGAAAAUAUAUUUGUUUUUCUGAACUAUAGGGUCAAAUCUUUUGGUUUCAAUCAAAAGGACAUUUACUCAAACAUGUGUAGUACAAGUACAAAUUGUUCAAUAUAAAAUUGGAAAGUCAUUACUUUCCAUAAUGGUUGGAAGGAUUACAAGACCUUAAGGAACACUACAGAUCUUAGCCAAAGCUUGUAGGUCUUAAAACAGUCCAUAAACUAAGGCGAAUUGAAUUAACAGGUAUAUAUUCUACUAUGGAAACACAGCACAUGUUCAGAGAAACAUAUGACCAUCAUAAAUUACAUCUUAGAAAAG